AAAUACCCAUACGUAUGAAAAAACUCAUAUGAUAAUAAUCUUAUAUUUUCUAAUUAACCUACAGGAUAUUUAUACGAGAAAGCAAAACAAUUUCAACAUUUGAUCAGUGUUUAUUUACUACUGGGUAGUUGUCACCCCUGUUUCUUGCGGUCAAAGGAAGCAACAGAAUUAUUCAUUAAAAAGGAAACCAUUAUGAUGUAAAUAAUGGAUGCUCAAAACACCUUAAGUCCAGAUAAGCAAAUUAAUGGCAGUUCUAGUAGGUCCUCAUCAGAUGCUUCAAACAUACCCAAAUCACCAAAGAUAACCAAAGGCACAGGAGAUAAACGAUCAGACCUUGACUUCAUUUUCGGGAAGUUAAUUGGUGAAGGAAGUUUUUCAAGUGUGUACCUUGCAAAGGAUAUUCAUACUAAUCAAGAAUAUGCUGUGAAAGUGUGUGAAAAACAGUUAAUAAUAAGAGAGAAGAAAGUACAGCAAAUUACAAGAGAGAAGGAUGUUAUGAAUAUUCUGAAUAGUAACCAGAACCCAUCUGCUCCGUUUUUUGUAAAGUUAUCAUAUGCAUUCCAAGGCGAUUAUAAGCUUUAUUUUGUUAUGACAUAUUGUCCAAAUGGGGAACUGUUAAAGCUCAUACAACGGGUAGGCAAUUUUGACAGGGAAUGCACAAGAUUCUACACUGCUGAAAUUUUAAGAGCUUUAGAACACCUCCAUUCACUGAAUAUCAUUCACAGAGAUUUGAAGCCUGAAAAUAUCCUAUUAGAUGAGAAGAUGCACAUCAAGAUCACAGACUUUGGAUCUGCAAAAAUUUUAACACAAGAGGAAAUAGAUGGUGUAGAUGAUGGGAGAGGACGAAAAAACAGUUUUGUUGGUACUGCACAGUAUGUUUCGCCAGAAUUAUUAGAGAAUAAGAGAAUAGGGCCAUCAUCUGACUUAUGGGCUUUAGGAUGCAUAAUAUAUCAAAUGGUUUCAGGUCUCCCUCCAUUUAGAUCGAGGAGUGAGUACUUAAUAUUCCAAAAAAUAUUGAAGUUAGAAUAUGAGUUUCCAGAGGGUUUCUGUGAAGAAGCAAAGGACCUUGUUCAAAAAAUUCUGGUUAUUGAAGGAGAUAAGAGAUUAGGAGCUAAGGAUAAAAAUGGUUACCCCAGUAUAAGAAGUCAUCCUCUCUUUGUGAAGAUGGAUUUUGAGUCCUUGCAUCUACUCACACCACCAAAGAUAGUGCCAUUCAUGCCAGAUGUUGGCAAUGAGAUUGUGUGGGAUCAAAAGAACAAACCUGGACUAGAACCAAUUGAGUUAGAGCUGAUGCUUGGCUUAGACUUGAAAGACCAGAAGAAGAAAACAUCAGAAUCUGAACCAUCAAAAAAAACUGGGAAAAAGAACAUAGCAGAUGUUGCUGAUGAGGAAUACAUCUUAAGGCUAGCAGCCCAAGAAAGAGAAAAUAAGUGGCACAAGUUUGUAGAAGGAAAUUUAAUUCUAAAACAGGGACUUAUGGAUAAAAGGAAGGGACUCUUCCCAAGACGAAGAAUGUUUCUCUUAACCACUGGACCACAUCUCUACUAUGUAGAUCCUGUAAAUAUGGUGUUGAAAGGGCAAAUACCAUGGUGCCCUGCUAUAACUCCUGAGGCCAAGAACUUCAAAACCUUCUUUGUACAUACACCAAACAGAACAUACUAUUUAGAAGAUCCAGAAGGUUAUGCACUUGAAUGGUGUAGAGUCAUAGAGGAAGUGAAGCAUUAUUAUUAUCCAGAGACCACAACUUGAAUCCAUCAAAAGAAAUACUAGGGUGUAUGAAAAUUUUUUUUUAUUAUAUAUGAUUUUGUCGGAGCAGAAGACAACUAUGGCAUCUAAAGCUUUAGCCAAGUUUCUGUUUAGGGUGGUGGAUACAUUAAAUUUAUUUUAGACAUUUACACAGAAGGGUGAUGUACCUUAGAUCCUGUUUUGUUAUCUGUUGACAUUAGAUAGUCAAAUGGCCAUGUUUCUUUUCUGUUGUCUCCCCUUUUAAACUGAAGAUAUGUUGUAAAUAUGGAAGAUUUUGUUUGUUGUUCAAGAAUAAUUUCUAGUUUAUCUUUGAAAGCAUAUGUGAAAUCUGUUCCUAUGAGAGAAAUUUUUUAAUAUUUUCCUGGAUGUUUGGUAUGACAUUAGCUUCCUAGUGGGAUUAAUUGAUAAUUGCAAUAAAUUUCUGUUGAGUUUUAAAUGUUUUGUUUUUUGUUAAUGAUUAGGAAACUUGGAAAUAUCUAAACAUAAUUAGUAAGCAUCAGGUUUCACUGUUGAAAAGUGUUAGUUUUUAUUCCCACAGAAGUAUUGUAAUGAAUUCCUAUUUUAUUUAAUCGUCAUGCUGUGUUACUGUGGUGAGUGUGGUCACUAAAAUUUAGAUGAUGCUAAGUGGAGUGGUGUAAAAGUUUUAAGCCAUAGGAAUGAGUAAAGUUUGUUCUGUUGGUAACAAGCAUAGGUUAUCCUGUCUUUGUGAAGAUAUCCAUACCAUUUUAAACACAAUCUAAAAAGAAUACUAUAUAGUUAUUGUUGAAUAGUGACUUAGUUAUUGUUGAAUAGUGAAUUGUGGUUGUUGGGUCAAAUGAAACCAGUUCUAACUUUAUACUAUGCUGUAAUAAUAAUUUAAGCUUGAUAUGAAGGUAUGGAAUGGGGAGUAUAUAGAAUGUUCCCAUUAAAUUUAAAGAAAAAGUUUAUCAGCAUUUAAUUGGAAUGUUUUUUUUUCUUUUAUAAAAAUUCUGUUGUAUCAUUUAAAUCUUCCCUAAAUACAAGUUUUAUAUUAAGGGAAAAGGAUAUACUAUGUUUAGUAAGCUUUCUUAGUUAGCACAGUACAAAAAAUCCCAUGUUAAAAUUGUCUAGAAGUCAAGUUAUGAAGUUUUAUGUAAAUCCAUUACUUUAUAAAAGAAUAAUGUGAGAGAUGCACAGGUCUUUAUCUUGGGUAAUAAUAAACCUCUGAAGAGAAAGAAUCUACUACAUUACCUUUAGUAAUGAUUAGAUUUUGCCCCUUGCAAAUAUUAGGUGAAAACAUCUUGAGACCAGCUGGUAAAUUUGUUAUUGAAAGGGUUUAUGUUCAUAUUUCCAGCCAUAACAGUUUUGUCACUGAAAUUUGGUAGGAAUUGCUAAGAUUUUUCAUGAAUCAUUGAAAUACUUAUGCUUAAUAGAAAAGGAGUGACAAAAUGUAAAUCUCGGACUGAAAAAGACAGCUUUGUAUGUUACAAUUAGCUGAUUAGUCAGUGAUGAAAAAAGUAUAUUUGGCAUUUAUUGGAUUCAGGAGAUGAGACUUACAUUUGUCAUAUUUUGGAUGCAGCUGAGGGUACUUGGUCCUCAUCGUUCAUUAAUGGAUGAUUAUAUGAUGAGAGACAUGCAAAGUUUUUGUGUAUAAUUUUACUAUGGGUUUAUUUGAUGGUGAAGCAAACUUGGAUGGUUCAUCAUAUUUGAAGGUAGUUCUUUUGGGAAAAUUAGACUGUUGUUAAGGGACAUGAAGGUUUUCUGAAAAAUUGGUGAACAAAAACACAAGCAGGAGGAAGUUACCUCUCCUUUAGUCCAAGCAAUCAGCUUCUUUUUGAAGGUUCCCUUGUGGACUUGGAGGUUAAUCAGUAUUGCCAAAACAUGUGGAAUACUUCCUUCCUGCUUAGAGAGCAGUUCAUAAAUUUCCGAUAGUUUACAGUUGGUAUCAUAUUGGCUGUAAUUGAGGGUGGGUAUUUUGGUAUUUCCUUAAGAAAUGGAUAUUUUAUCAAUAUAGUUUCCGACAAACAUUUCUUAUAGACUUUUGUUGUUGAUCAUAACACAAAUUGCAAUUGCUGCCAGUAGAACAAACUUUUAACUAAAGCAUAAGUUUCAGUACUUAGUUAACCUGUGAUCUAAGUUGAUAAUGAUUGCAUCUAAUAAAAAUUUUGUACACAGAGUAAUCCUUAUUGACACUCACCAUUUUUAAGUGUUCUGUUAUCUUGAUUCUUCUGGUUGUAUUUCAAGUUAUUCUUUUACUAUUUCAUUUAAUUUUUGUUGCAGAUAACACCACUUUUUGGUUAUUUAAAGCUUGCUAUUUUUCUUCAUUACUCUUUUGUGAUGCUUCUUUAAGUUUGCUAUAUAAAGUAGCACUUGUCCAUUCACAGUAUGAUCAAACUUGGAAAUGUAAUUUUAAAGUGAUUCAUCUAGUGAAGACUUGUUAACAGGUUACCCUUGUGAGAGUUAAAUAUAUAAAUAUGCAGUAGCAGCAAAUAGCUUACAUUAGUUAUUUCAUAUGUUUUGUAAUAAUAGCCUAGGAGUUUAAAGGUAGUUAAAAUAUUUGGAAUGGUUAUUUUCUUGAAAUAUUAAAAUAAUUCUGAAGAUAUUCUUAGACUGGAAGUAGAUUGUGUAAGAUUUUUUAUUUACAUACAAAUUAUAGUUUCAUUGGUGAGUAGACCAGUGUACAAAUUUUUUUUCUUUUGUGGGGGACGUUACUUUAAAAAACAUUUCUCUUGAGAAUUUUAUUCUUUUUAACAAAAUCGAUAACAUGAUGUUUGCAGAGUAAUGUUUUUAUAUUUUUAUCAAGAAUUUUUUUCAAUGUUUUAGAAAAUAUUACUUUUUUUAUGUAACUAUAAUUGGAAUAUCUAAUUACAUAACAGAAUGCUGCAAAAAAAUUAUUUUCUCUAUGUACAAUACAUGUAAACCAGCCUUCACAUGGUUUUGUGAUAGAUCCCACUGGGAUACAUAAGUUACUUAUCCUGUACUCAAUGUAUAUUAGUCUUCAAAUUGUUAUGGCAUAGACAACGAUGAUAGCAUGUUGGAUGCUAGUAAGCUUAUGUGCUCUCAGAUGCAGACCUAUGUACGUAAGAGAGUAAGUUAUUGACAUGAAUACCUUAUAAUUAUUACCAGAUGCUAGCUUCUAGUAUGUAGGUCUCAUGCAAGUUGUAAUGAUUUUAAAAUUAAUUUAUUAAAAUGAUUGUAAUAUAUACAUAGUAUAUACAUGUAUAUGUAUAUGUGUAUGUAUAUAUAUACAUAAUUAUAUAUGUAAAUUAUAUGUAUUGUAGCAUAAUGCUUUUAUAUCCCUUAAUUUCCUGUAAUUACAAUCUUAUUAUCGAUCUCAAACAGGAUUUUUUUGUUUGGGAUACAUCUGCAUAUUAUGUAGCAUACAUAUAGGUUUUAGUAACUCGUGAAAACAGUUCAUUACAUUCUCUAUUUUUCUGUACCAGUUAUUUGUGCAACUUAUGUUUUAAACUGUAUUUACUGUAUUUUUCAUUUAUAAUUGUUUUGUAGUAAUACAAUCAAAAACCUCUAUUUCUUUUGAAGUUUUUCCUGUUAUUUCUAAUGUUACCAUAAUCAUGUUGAUUUAAUGCCACAAAAGAAACCAGUGUAACUGCUCAUCUUGGGUUACAUGAAAUCAGAAUCUGUAUUUUGUAUAUAUAUUUAAAUCCUGUACAUAA